AUGUUGAAUUCGUCAGACUCGCACCGCCGCCGCAAAAAGGACCCGGACCGCGAGCGCAGAAGCUCCCGCACAAAGGAUAGGGACAGAGACAAGGACAAGGACAAGGACCGCCCACGCCAUAGGAGGAGCCGCUCCCGCAAGACCCGCUCCUCGGCCUCCAAGGACGACGACGACACUGAA